UAAUAUUAAAAUAAAGAUUGCAUGUUAUUUUUAUUUGCGUUAUAUUUUUUAAAAAUAAAUAAAACAUAUCCAACAUAGCGUUCAUAUCGUUAAAUAUUAUACUAAAUAAGAACAAUAGCAAACAGUAGAACAUAAACAUUUGUUUACUAUAUGAAUAUAUAAUAGAACGCAAGUUGGUCGUUCGAUAGCUCGUUUUAACCGUACGUGCAAGUGAACAUAUAUGUAAUUAACAUAUCGCCGCAGUGCUACGCUUAUAAUUAUCACAUAAAUGAUCUUCAAAAUUGUUUGAAAACAUUAUAUAAACCAAUAUACUAAACUUAAAAAAUAUGUCUGAACACAACGAUGACACAGCAAAUGGACAAAUGUAAAUAACGUGAUCAUGCGAUAGAGGUUAACUGUUAUCCUUGAAAGUGCGAAGUUUUACUAAUCAAAUAAAAUGAUUAAGUGAAUUAAGAUGUUCAGGCGAAUACUGUAUCACGCGUAUGGGUUAAAUUACAAUUGUAAAAUCACCUAUUUACAAUACAAUAAUAUGUUUCCAAACAUUCUAUUGUCUUCAAUUAACUUCCAGCAUCAAUCAUGUGCUCAACGUUUAUGGCGAAGAUGUGUAAUUGUUCAUUUUGACUUGAACAAGACACCAAAUGACGAAGCAGCGCAUAGUUCAUCAGAGCCAGAGGAGGUAGAAGAUUCUGAUAUGGAAAAAUUUCGUAAAUAUUUGGCACAGAAGUUGAGAAUUUUUGAUUCGGAUUACAGUCAGCAAUCGCAAGAAAAAGUACUUCGUGAGCUUAGCUUAGAUGGAAUAACAGAAUAUAUAAAAGAAAAUGAUACAUUAAAAAUUAUUACCAUGGCUGGAGCUGGUAUCUCCACUUCUGCGGGAAUUCCUGACUUCCGAUCACCGUCUAGCGGCCUUUAUCACAAUUUAGAGAAAUAUAAUUUACCUCAUCCUCAAGCUAUUUUCGAGUUAGAUUUCUUUAUGGAAAAUCCAGAGCCAUUUUUUAUGCUUGCACGAGAAUUGUUACCCGAAGGUUUUAAGCCUACACCUUCCCAUUAUUUUAUUCGACUUUUAUGGGAGAAAGGAUUGCUCUUGCGACAUUAUACACAAAAUAUCGAUACAUUAGAGAGAAUGGCUGGUUUACCUCCAGAAAAAUUAGUAGAAGCUCAUGGAACAUUUCAUACUGGACGGUGUCUUAAGUGUCGAGCGCCGUAUACUUUUGUAUGGAUGAAAGAGAAAAUUAUCGAAGGUGUUAUUCCAAAAUGCGAAGAAUGUAACGAGGGUGUAGUAAAACCAGAUAUAGUAUUUUUUGGAGAAAUGUUACCCGAACGUUUUCAUCAUCUUAUCGAUCGGGAUUUUACGCAAGCAGAUCUUUUAAUAAUUAUGGGAUCGAGUCUGGUCGUUCAGCCAUUUGCAUCUUUGGUAGACAGGGUACGUCCUAAUUGUCCACGAUUACUUAUCAAUAAAGAGAAAGUGGGCAUGCAAGAUCGUCUGUCACGGCUUCUAGGAUUGCGGCACGGCUUAGUUUUUGAUACACGAAGUUCUCAUGGUGGUCGCGACGUUGCUUGGUUAGGCGAGUGCGAUACUGGUUGUCAAUUGUUAGCUGAAAAAUUGGGCUGGGGUGAUGAAUUAACUAAUCUUAUAAAAAAAGAACAUGAACGAUUGGAUGCAGAAAAUACUAACAAGGAUUGACUGCAUCACUAGUACUAUCGUGAAGUAAAGUCGGUCUUUUAUUACACGUGGUAUGUAAUUUCAUGGCUACUCCUUUUAUGAAAAAGUUAAGCCACAUAGAGAGAUACUAUUAUAUUUUAAAGCAAUUACAAAAAUGUUGCUUAACAUAUUGAAUAUUUAAUGUUAACGUUAACAAAAAGAUACACUUUUGCCUGUAUUUCUUCCAUCAUGUUUUAACAAAAAAUAGAAGGAAUUGAAUUAAAUGAAUGGUAAUGUUAUCAUUUUUUUAAUAUAUAUAUAUUUUUCAAGCAUUAGCAUUCGUUAGUAUGCCGAUGUUAUAUGAAACAAGUAUAAUAUCAAUUGUUAGGGAUUGUGUAUAUAAUUUAUUUCGUAAAAUAGUGUAUAAUAAUAUUAUACAAACGAAUGUGAUUAUGGCAGUUGAAUCAUAUGUACAAAUAAAAUAGAGUAUAAUGAAAUUUUGUAAAAUAUUGUUGAUAUUUACGUAAUUAGUUUCUGCAAAUUUGUUGUAUCGAAUGCUACUUAAACUUUUUACGUUAAGAAA